CUCACAUUUUUUCUGUGAUAAAUACGCAUUGACCGGUUACAUCAGAAAACAUGGUUUAUAAUUGCGCUAUUUUUCAUUGUUUAAUUAUUUAUUGUUGAUUAAUUAUUCAUUCAAAUUGAGUUCAAAAAUGUCUGACUAUCGUGAAUCAUGUCGAGCUUGUACUAGCUUCAAAUCUUUCAUGAAGGCUCAAUCUUCAUUCAAGUCUCCUGAUGAAUCAAAUGGUGACAUUAAUCAUAAUAGAAGGAAUUCAAAUAAAGGUGAUUUUAAUAAAUCCAAAAUUCAUGCUAAUUCGGCCAACAAUCAUGUCAUCGAUUGUCCUGUUGAUAAGGAUGGAUUAGGACGAGCCAGUUGGACAUUUUUACACACUAUGGCUGCUUACUAUCCUGAUAAACCAACGAUUCAGCAACAAUCAGAAAUGAUGAAAUUUAUGAAUAUUUUUUCAAAUUUCUAUCCCUGUUCGCAUUGUGCCGCAGAUAUGAGGAAUGAUAUUUCAAAGGAUCCUCCGAAAGUUGAUACAAGACAAUCGUUUUCUCUCUGGAUGUGUAAUCUUCACAACAAAGUAAACCAGAAAUUGGCUAAACCAAUAUUCGAUUGCUCCAAAGUCGAUGAAAGAUGGUUAAAUGGCCCUCCAGAUGGAUCAUGUGAUUAAUUAGAACUUUUAUUAACUUGUUUAACCAUUGAAAUUUAAUGUAAUUCGUUAUGAAAUGUCAAUAAUUAGUAAUCAAGAUUUUGAAGACAAAUCUAGCAUCUAUUUUUACUUUUAGAAAUUAAUCUUUUUCUAAAUUAUCUCAUAAAUCAUUGUUAAUUCAUUUAUUUAAUCUUGCUUGGUUGUAUUAAGAUACAAAAUUUUUCAAAAUUGA